CUUAAUCCAACUCCCAACCAACCAAGAGGGCGCUGACCUUUAAGUCCCCCGUGGCCGUGGAUGCAACAUAUUAUCUCGAGUCAGAGCUGCUAGACAACAAAAGACCAGUUGGUUGCUGAUGGCGGCGUUCUCCUUCGUCUUGGUAUUCUCUUGGUUGGUUCUGAGCCCGUGGGGAUGGAUGAUCGGCGCGCAGAGCACUCCGCCGGCCAGAUUCGACGGCUUUGUGUACGAAAUUGACGGGCAGCUGCCGCCGGGGAGCUGCAGCGUGGACUCCACCAUCACGAUCGAGGCCUUCUUCGACCCCGUUUGCCCUGACAGCAGGGACGCUUGGCCUCCUCUCAAGCAAGCUCUCAGUUAUUAUGCUCCUCGCGUUUCCCUUUUCGUUCAUCCUUUCCCUUUACCUUAUCAUGAUAAUGCUUUUGCUACUUCUCGUGCCUUGCAUAUUGUGAAUAAGAUGAAUUCUUCUGCCACAUACAGCUUGUUGGAGUUAUUCUUUAAGCGCCAGAAGGGGCUCUACAACAAACCAACCUUCAACAUGUCCAGGGCAUCUAUUACAAGUCAGAUCGUGCAAAUGGCAACCGAAGCACUUGGUGACUCAUGCGAUUAUGCCGUUGGUGACUCAUGCCAGUCUGUCAUUACCUCUGGCUUUACAGACAAGGAAAGCGAUAUGUUGACAAGGGUUUCAUUCAAGUAUGGUUGUUCAAGGGGGGUGUUCGGGACACCUUUUUUCUUCGUGAAUGGAUUUGCCUUGCCCGAUGCUGGCGCCGCUAUAGACUACGGUAAAUGGAGGAGCAUCAUUGAUCCAUUAAUUAAAGAACGAAGCAGGGACAGGAAAGAAGGUCUGCAUUAUUUGUUGUGAACAACUCUUGUUUUCUAGCAUCUUGUAACUUAUUUUGCUUCCUUCCUUCUCCUUCUAUUUUCUAUGUAUGCUCUGUGCAUGUUAACUAUGAAGAUCUUGCUACCCAAAUAAAGAAAUUAUGCGGCCAGUUGUAACAAAAGAAAA